AUGAUCAGGAAGAUAUUUGAAGCUAGGGAACUAGUUAAUCAGAUGCAGCUUCACCCCGGUAAAUGUCUGAUCAGGCAAAUUUAUUAUCAUUCUCUGCAAACCAGGCCCCCUGUUCCUUGGAAAUGCUUGGUGUUCCAAAACGCAGCUAGGCCAAAGGCAAUCUUCAUCACUUGGCUGCACUUUAUGGGCAAGCUGCUCAUCACCGACAGGCUAGAGAAAUGGGGAAUUGAGGUGGAGCCUAAAUGCUGUUUAUGCCAGACCUACGAUGAAUCUAGAGAGCAUCUCUUUGUGCAAUGUGACUACAGUAGAGCUUUGUGGAAUAAGGUAUUACAGUCGAUGCGAAUGCAACCUUAUCCUCCAGCUAACUGGGAGCAACAUCAACAAUGGUUAAUUAAUAUGACAAAAGGCAGAUCUAUGAAGACUCAAGCUAUCAAGAUGCUAUGCACAGAAGUUAUUCAUGCCAUCUGGACUGAGAGGAACAUGAGAAUCUUUGAGAAACAAAGCAGAAGUUGGGACAGAAUAGCAAAAGAGAUCGUCUAUGUAGUAUGUGUUAGAGCUUUCCCUAGAUUUCAACAUUUAUUUCACAAUCUUAUAUUCUAG